GGAGCGUUGGUUUCAGAAGACCCACUGUUGUCCAUUUCUCAGCCAUGGUCCAAACGUUUCUCUUCCUCCUCUUCCUCCUCACCUACUUCACUGGCGCCUUGGCCCAGUUCACCUUGACUCAACCACCUUCUUUGUCAGCAUCGCUUGGAGAGACAGUCACGAUCAACUGUAAAAGGACAGGUGGUAGCAUUUCAGACGGCUAUGUGAGCUGGUAUCAGCAGAAACCUGGCAGUAGUCCUCUCACCGUGAUCUAUCUAGAUAGCGAGAGACCUUCCGGAAUCCCCGAGCGAUUUUCUGGUUCCGUUGACUCUUCGUCCAAUUCGGCCACCUUGUCCAUCUCCAACGUUCAAGGAGAAGACGAGGCUGUUUAUUACUGUUUAUCUUAUGAGGGCAGCGGGCAGAGCACAGCUGAUCCCCACCCUGCAAAGUGGUGUGGACUUAGGUUCUUCACAGAGCAGGGGAUUAGAGAAGAAGGUCUUCAGAGUAUAAACCUGACAUUGAUGAUUACAGUGUUGGAUGUCUGGGGGAAUAUGCAAGUGCAUUACGGCUUGCAACAUAUUCUUGUUCAGGAAACUUGGAAACUGUCCAACACCAACUGGAUAGGAAUCGUUCACACAGCAGGUGGAUUCAGCCACCAAUUCUGGAGCUUAAGAGGGGAGCGAAGGGGCCAACCUAGAGGGAGCGUUGGUUCCAGAAGAUCCGUUGUUGCCCGUUUCUCAGCCAUGGCCCAAAUGUUUCUCUUCCUCCUCUUCCUCCUCACCUACUUCACUGGUGCCUUGGCCCAGUCCACCCUGACUCAACCACCUUCUCUGUCAGCAUCGCUUGGAGAGACAGCCAGAAUUACCUGUACAAAGACAGGUGGUAGCAUUUCAAGCUACUAUGUGAGCUGGUAUCAGCAGAAACCUGGCAGUAGUCCUCUCACCGUGAUCUAUAAGCAUAGCGAGAGACCUUCUGGAAUCCCCGAGCGAUUUUCUGGUUCCGUGGACUCUUCGUCCAAUUCGGCCACCUUGUCCAUCUCCAACGUUCAAGGAGAAGACGAGGCUGAUUAUUACUGUUUCACUGGUGCUAGCAGCGGGCAGAGCACAGUGAUUCCACC